AUGCAAAACUAUUUUUUAACAGCGCCUGGAAAAAUCACCCACUCCUGUGCAACCAUUUUUUUCUUCUUUACAGAUGACACAAUACUUUCCAGUCACUCGUCAGCAGGAGCAGCUCACGGCCACUUUUCAGAUUUAAAGCUGCAGCGAUGCAGCAUGCUGCCUUUUGCUAUGCAAGCAGGGGGAAAUGUACACUUGUUAUGUGGGAUUUACAGUGAAAAUGGAUACAGAAAGAAUUUCCCACUGGAGGUGUAUGUGUCAAAGUUAUCACACUUCUCUUUAACACUCCAUAAAUCGUUCUGA